AUGUUAAAAUUGGGUUGCAUCUCAUGGCACAUGUCACUUCCGGAUUCAGGACUGGUGGAAGUCGGCGUAAGGCUGCAUGAAGUUGGUGGGCAGGAUGUGGCGGGCAUGAGCCGUGCACAGAUCCUUCACCUGCUGCAAGAUUGCAGCUCCAUGCGAAUGCAAAGGUCUGCCGAUUUGUCUCGAAUGCUACGCGACCUUUUCAAAGAUCUCCCAAGCAUCGCAGAUCUUGAGAAGGCAAAGAGGAAGUGCGACUUUCUGGGAAAAGUCCGGGAGGAUGCGAAGCUAUGCCUCCAGGCGAGCCUAGGUGGUUCAAGGACCAGCGAAGCAGAUGUGGUGGACUGCUUGGCGGGAGCCAACUUUGCUUGGCGAACCUCUCCGGAAGUCAUUGCUGUGGAGCAGGGCUCCCUGGCAGAUGGACUGGUGGAAGUCGGCGAGAAGCUGCAUGAAGUUGGUGGGCAGGAAGUGGCGGGCAUGAGCCGUGCACAAAUCCUUCACCUGCUGCAAGAGUGCAGCUCCAUGCAAAUGCGUGAAGCCUCAACCGAGGUUUCAGAAGCGGCCUCUCACGAUCCCGUGUCUGGGCUGGAAACGAGUUCCCUCGGCCAUCUUCGCGUAAAAUGGUCCGAUCCUCCAGUGAUCGUAAGUGACAGAGCUGAACCUUCUGGAGAUCUCCUCGUUGAAAUCGACGGCACCAGCCUGGUGGGCAUGACGCAGCCCGAGGUACGAAGCCUGUAUCUCAACCGGCAAGGACCAGGAACAGGAAGCUUGAGUAUGGGCAAAAUGUCUGCGUUGUAUCGAGACCCUUUUCUCAGGGGUGAUUUGUUGAGGAAGCUCAAGGCAGACCGCUAUCCUGUGCACUUUGGUUCGACAUGUACAGGAUGCCAGGCAAGCCCUCUCGUCGGUUUUCGCUUCAGCUGCAAGACCUGUCCCGAUUCGCACUACUGCGCCGCCUGCUUUCGGGGGCGGGGGCACUCCCACGCAAGCGGCCACAGCUUCACCAAGCUGGAGUACCCAGGCGCUCCCAUCGUUGAUGCCCUUCCACCACCAGCACUGCAACCCGGCUCGGCCGUCGUGAUUGUUGGCACUGGUCAGAAAGACCAGGAUGGCCAGCUGGGCCUGCUCCUGUCAGAUGCGACCUCUUCAGCAAGCUGGCAGGUGGUAGUGGAUGGCCUCGACCAGCCGUGCACUGUCGCGGCAGAGCACCUGUUCGUGAAGACGGAAUCAGAACCGCAGCCAGAACGGCUGCCUGAAUCGAAGUCGCCGGCUCAAGAUUCAGACAAGCUGAAGGAGCCGAAGCCAGACGUUGCCCGCGCAGCGACGCCAGCCCGUGCAGCAGUCACUCCUCGGCGCUCCAAGGCAGAAGACUCUGAAGCGGCUCUUUCCGAUAAGUCCGACGGUGAAUCUGUUGCAGGACUUUCCCUUUCACAAUCCGCCCGCGAAUUGAGGAAGGCAAAUGCGACAGCUGCGUUGCAGCGAUGCAAGUCCAAGGGGUGCUUGGGCCUCCAAAACCGUCUUUGCCGCGGCAAGUGCGGCGCAAUGGUGGAAGUGGACACGGAAGAUUACAUCAAGAACGGUCAGUUUGUUCUUUGUGCCAAGUGCAAGGUCAAAGCGGCCAACAGCCAGGCCACGAAGCCGUGCUCGGAAUGUAGCCAAGACAUCGUGUACUCGCUCUUUGAAGCAGACUGUGGACGUGAGAUACCCUCGUGCUGUGCAAAAUGCAGCGGACAAGGUGCUGGCAGAUGGAUUCUCAUCAGCCCGCUGCCGCCUACUGGCAAGUCGAUGCCUUCUCUGGAGUAG